AAAAAGCAAACCUAGUCACGGUACUUUGUACUUCAACUGGUUAGUUUCAAAUCUUCCGUAUUGAGAAGUUGACGAAAAUCACUUUACUGCAUGUCGAUCGAGCGAUCAACAUUUUUAUCAAAAUGUGGACUUUUCGCAUUAUUGUGACUGUCUGUGUACUUUUUGAAGUCGGUGUUUCGGUUUGUCGCAGUUUGGUGGAGGUGAUGUAGGUAUACCACCAAGCAGUGGCAAGUUACACUCACGUAUUUACGGAUAAAGUGUAUAACCAAAAAUCAUUACGUCAUUAAAAUAUGAGGGCUUAAACUUAAAGAUGGUUGACUUUGUUGAUUAAUAAUGAUAUUGCAAAGAACAUGUGUAUCCGCACCAUCAGCACUUCGGCAAUAACAAUGGACGUAACGGACGUGGCUAAUUGAUCACUUUAUAAACGGAAGAUACAAUUUUAAUAGUAAGAAAAUAAUCCACAACACUUUGUAAUAUUACGAGCGUAUUAAUCAAACAUUCUGGAGUAAAAUUGUUUAAAUACUUGUGAUAGAAGAAUUGACAUGGCCCACGAUAUGACCGGGGUUUCAAAGUUUGGGUUUGCCGCCCUGCGACCGAUAAGUAAAGCCAUGUAUACAGGAUUUCUACUUGCUUUUAUUAUUGGGGUUUUAGAGGCCGAUUUUAUAAGAAACCCAUCUAGCACGUGGUAUGACGGAUACAUUAAAUGUCUACAAAAUGGUCAGACCAUGUUGACCUGGGGGGAUGUGCAAUUUAGAAGAACGUCUCACCUGAAAAUAACGUAUCCGAUUUGGCUCAACGGCUUCGAAGUGCUACUCAACGGCCUAGACCAAAACUUCAAAUUACACAAAUAUCGGAAUACUAGGACCCGUGUUCGUUGCAUGAAUAGCUCAGAGUUCGCUAACAAAUUCCUGGGUUUUGAGGAAGGAAGCAAAUAUUGCCAGAAUCAAACCAAUGGAUUACAUAAAGACUUGCCUUUUGUGAAUCACACUAACCUGUACAUGUUUAGGAUGUUUACUAGUGACAUGUAUUGGAUACAAGAUAUAGACGUUGCACCAUUUCUAAACUCGGAAGACCUGACUGUGCAUUGUUAUGUGCUUAACGCAUUUGACGAUUUGCAAAAAGACAACUGUACCAACAAAUAUUCAUCCAUCUGUAUAAAUGAAACUGUUCAUGAUACUAUAAAAUACAGCACAUAUAAGACGAAGAUGCGAAACUACGAUCCGACAUCAUCUGGCACAACCGAGAAAUCAGCAGCAGUAACUUCAGUGUUUGUGACGUCACUAGUUACGUUCGUAACUUACAUUGACGUUGAUUUAACUACUAGCGCAACAAACACCCCGUUUUAUUUGACCGAUACAACCAGCGACCCUAAAACCGAAGAAGAUGUGAAGACAUCGUCCCUUAUUAUAUGGCUUGCAACAGCGCUUGGCUUAUGCCUGCUUUUACUUGUCGUCAUCGUCGCUUGUUUGUGUCUCAAAAGGAAUCAAGAGAACAACAAUAGAACUACCUUUCAACAAAACGAGCUUGUACAGCCAUCGAUUGUUCCGCAAGGUCAUGGCGACAACAUCGUUAAUUAUGAUGUCAUUCUCGACGAUGUAACAGGGCGUGAGGCAACACCGUACACCUCACUCCAGAUGACAGAAAAGCAUCUGUACACUGCACUGACCGUUAGACUAGAGAAUAAUGAUGAAGAACCGGACAAUGACAGUCCACUCGAGACAAAUUACGCAGAUGUCGAAGUUCCGGACAACGAAGGUCAAGGGCAGACAAAUACGCAUUCCGAAGCCAAAGUUUAUUAUUUUGUUGUUAAAUAAGGUACACGUUUAAUUAAGGCUUCCAAAAGGGCGCAUUCAUGUUUUGGUUUAAGCUUGUAUUAUGUAGGAAUAAGAUGUCGAAUUGCUCAACACAAAAUUUAGCUUAUGUUCGAAACUAUCGAAAUAUAAGAUAAGGCAAUUUAAUUCUAAACAAUAUGUGUUUAACUCCUUCAGAAAGUUUGUAACCACAGUCUAUUUUCCCCGGAUGUGGUUAAUGUAGAAUGCAUGGAGCCAGCAACUCAGAUAGCUCAGUUGUUUCAUCGUCAUUGUUGGGUCCCGAAUAUAAGAAGAUCGAAACCGUAUCGGACUAGUAAAUUGUUAUAUUUCAUUCAAUAAUUAAAUGACUACAUAUUGUGAACGCUUUACAACUGCAUAAACAUUUUAUUUUAGACUUGGCGUUUUCAUUUGUUUCUAUGCGGCUUCUUUUUACCAUUAAAAUGAAACAUUUAUUUUUAAAUUGUAAUCAAUAAUACUGACUCCAUGUUCUUAAAAUAAUUAAAUGGUACAUAACAACUAUUUUUUGUUCAAGCAUAUUUUUUAUCUUUAUUCGUUCAAAACGUUUAUGAGGAACACAAUGACGUGUGUUACACAUAUUGAGGUAGUUAUAUUUAUUUGUUUCUGUAUAUGAAGCGAUCUAAUUUUUCGUUUUCAAAUAUGACCAACUACUAAUACGUACUUAUAGGUCAGCAUGAAAAACCACAUGACAUGUUUUCAUUGCUGUUUCUGUAUCAAUAUUACGUUUUUGUUUUCGUGUUAGGUUGAACAAACUACACUUGAAUGAUCAAACUUUCCAGGAUUGAAUCCAUUACAACUCACUUCUCACGACGGAGAACAAUCCGCUUAAAAUAUAAAAUUAUAAUUGCACCGGAAAUCGAUCACAUAAUGGAAAUGUGACACUAAGGUAUUUGCAAAUUGAUACCGCAUGUUAAUCAUCAUGAGAAUAAGGCUACACACUACCUACUCUGACGUAAAAUGUAUAAAUUGGAACAACAAUGGACAUGAAUAUUGUGUACUUAGAACUUAAUUUUUAACAACGUCAACAAAAAUUAUUAAACAUGUUUUAGCUCAGUGUGCGUAAUAACUAUGUCAAUAUGUAAAUUUGAAAUAGUUAUACCGUAUAAUGGAAUACGUAAAUAAUGAUAUUAAACAAUGAAAACCUUUACAAAUCUUCAAAAUUGUCUUGUUUAUCCCCUACUAAAACUCUCCUUAAUUAUUGUACAUAAACCUCAAGUACGUGUUUUGUAAAUAUUCAAGAUAUUUCUGUGUUUUUAUGUUUUCCAAUACUUAUUUUCUGUCUUAUUUUUUCCUAGCAAUGAUUCUCCUAAAAAUUCCUUAUUGUAUAUAUUUGCUAGUAUGGUACAUUUUAAUGUACGAUUGUAGUAACUGGAAUUCAAAUCUAAAUAGUGUCUACAUAUGCAAUUGCAGAAAUAAUAAAAGUAUUGCUUACAAACACGUUUCUUGUGUUUAGUUUUAAUUUAUGAAAUACUAUUACUCAUGUUUCACUUCAUUUGCAAAAGACAUUUUUUAAUAUUAAUUUGGAAUUAUUAACUCUAAACCUAAAAGAGACUUAUUAAUAGACGAUUUGAAUAUUUUCAAUAUUAGUUGUUAACAUAUAUCUGUAUUAGUUGAUCACAGAUUCCAACAAUUAAAGUAUGCUAUGUAUAAUAACACGCGCAAUGACAUUGCAAUAGCACAUUAUAUAGACAAUUAGGGCGUUGGUUUUAUUAUUGUUUUAUUAUUUGUUUAAUUUGUAUUAUUGGCACAUCUUAAUAUCAUUGUACAGAUAUUAUUUUUGUAUCCACUGAUUAGUUAACAAGAACGAUUUUAUUUAUAGUUAAUAUAAAUAAAGUCACAACUUGUGUGCAUUUAUUAAUGCCUUUCUCAACGUUGUCUACAUUUGUCAAAUUGUAAUGUGCAACGCAGUUAUAGUUUAGUUCCUAUUAUACUUAAUCUAUCUUAUUUCUGGCUUACUGCACUGGCCAAAAGCCAGUAGUUUCAUCAACAAAUGUUAAUAGUUGCGUAAUACAUGUAUAAUAUAAGAAGUUUCACAAACAUGGGCUUUUAUUUUAUUUCGAAUACUGGUUGUUUGAUCUGUAUAGCGUUUUGAAAGUUUGAAAGCUUUACUAACUUAUUUACGAAGUUGUGGUACUGCUAAAAGGAAAGUUUUUGAAGAACAGUUACUCAUAUUAAGAGCAAAUUACUCCUUAACUCUCUUGAAUGAAAGUCCGUCUUUACAGUAAAAGUAUCACAGAAACGCCUAAAAGUAUUAUUUUUCAAACACAAAGAGCAAAUGAUUAAAAUUGACAAUAAACAUUGACUUUAUAUAAAGUAAUCUGCCACGUUAGCAUGUUUACGUCCAGCAUACUUAUAGAAUUACUUAUGUUUCUGUUGUUGUUAAUUCGAGGGAUAACAUCAUACAUACCUUUAUUUUUAUAUACUUAGUUUUAAAGUGUUUGCUGUUGUUGUUAAUUUCAAAAUGCUUUUAGCGCUUUAUUUUUAUUAUUAAAGUGAAAAUAUUAUUUGUUUUAUUUCAUUUCUUUCAUAUAUAUUUAUGAAAAGAAAAACUACUUGUUAAUACACAAAUCUAUGAAUAACAAAUUCAGUUGUAAACAUUAAGGUGCGUAGUAAACAGGACACGUGUUAUGCUUAUCAAAUUCUCAUUGAUCAUUGUGGUAGCACAAAGGUUACAUCUUAGUUAUAUAUCAACAAGUACUGUUAAGCAAGAUAUGUUAAUAACAGACUGUAUUAAAUGUGCUUACAGGCAUUCGUAUGACCGGUCUUACAUUGUCUUUUUUGACCGGAGAUAAAUGUUGGUAGUUGGUGUUAAGAUCUUUGAAAGCUGUAGAUAUAUAUAUGCUUAUCUAACUUUAUUUGUUAAUUAAUUUGUACUUAAAAAAGAGUUUCCAAACUAUUUUUUCAAAAAGCACCUUUUAAAUUGCCUUUUAUCAAUGAAUAUUCUGUUAAUUCUUCUGACAAGUAUGUGAGUACCAUGCUCUUGUUACUGUCCUUAUACCGGAAAGGUAUUUAUAUAGAUUACAAUUGUAGACUAUUACGCAAUAUGUGUAAUCUCACACGAUCAAAUCAAUUACUGUGUUUGGUUUUAUGCCCUACUACCGACAACUCUAUUUUGUGUGAUUCCUUAAGAACAACUAUAUUUGGCUUGAUUCCUGAAGAACAACAACUCUAUUGAAUUUGAUUGUUAAAGAACAAUAACUCUAUUUGAUUUGAUUCAUGAAGAACAACAUUUCUAUUUGGUUAGAUUUCUUAUAUUUUGGUCUUCAGUAUACUGAUGCGUAAUCACAUGUCUUUAUUUACACUAAGAUAUAUUCAACAAAGAAUUGUAUUUUUAAAAUGUCAUGUUUUAACACUACACACAGUGUUUGCAUACAUGGUCGUACACUAAAAUGCAUGUACUUGCUUUGUAAUGUAGUUUUUACUUGAACCUCCGAAUACGUAUAGCGAACAGAGAACAUAGAGCGUCUCUGACUAUAGGUAUUUGCGUUCAGACAUGGAAGACUAGCAUCGAAUUCAACGAUUCUAAUAAACUUUCUGUUCUGCUA